AGUGCUGUGCGCAGGUCAGUUACAGGCAGCACGGGCGCGCCCAGGUGCCCUCUGGCCUCCUGCUGGGGGCUUGUCGGCUGCGCCCAGCUCUGGUCUGUCUAUGGCCUGAUCCUCCUGCUUUGCUAGCACAUUACCUGCCGCUGCGACGUCCGUCCUGCAGCGUCCUAACGCUGCUCAGGUAAAGGAGGUCGUCAGCGCUCUUGCCACGAGGAUCCAGGAAGGAUGCAGUUAAAAAACAAAACGGCCAAAUCGUCCACACGCUGAAGCCAGGACUGUGAGUAAGCAGAUGGAUCACACUCCAGUGACACAUCCAGAGCGUGGAGGACGUGGAUUCUCCUUGAGAAGAAGCUGAGUGAGAUAGAAUGCACACGGGUUCCGUGUGCAUGUGUCCAGGCCACCCUGAGACGCCUCCGCUCUCCCACCGUUGGGUCCCUGUGCAGCUGACUCUGCCCGGGCAGCUGCCUCCUCAUAGGUCACUCACAUCUGCGCGCUGUGCUCCCUGUGUGCCUCGUGACCUUGAAGAAUCUGUGUUGGACACGUUUCUCUAGACUUCUACAGAGCUCCUGGAACUGAACCGAACGUCGCUAUUUCACAGCCCGUUUGGAUUUCUCGACCUGCAGGCAAUGCUGCUGGACGACUACCAGGAGCGACUCUUCGUGGGCGGCAGGGACCUCCUGUAUUCCCUCAGCUUGGACCGGCUCAGCGACGGCUACAGGGAGAUACACUGGCCGAGUGCAGCACCAAAAAUAGAGGAAUGCAUCAUGAAAGGAAAAGACGCAAGUGAGUGUGCAAAUUACAUUCGAGUUUUGCAUCACUAUAACAGGACCCACCUUCUGGCCUGCGGGACGGGAGCUUUCGACCCCCUGUGUGCCUUCGUCAGAGUCGGAUACCACUCGAAGGACCCCCGGUUUCACCUGGAAUCGCACCGGUCUGAGCGAGGAAGGGGCAGGUGCCCGUUCGACCCCGGCUCCUCCUUCACCUCCACUCUGAUUGGCAGCGAGUUGUUUGCGGGCCUCUACAGUGACUACUGGGGCAGAGACGCGGCCCUCUUCCGGAGCCCGGGCCAGCUGGCCCCGAUCCGCACCGAGCCCGACAACGAGCGCCUGCUGAAAGAACCAAAAUUUGUAGGGUCCUAUAUGAUUCCCGACAAUGAAGAUCGAGACGACAACAAAGUGUAUUUCUUUUUUACUGAGAAGGCCCUGGAGGCGGAACACGGAGCCCACGCGAUUUACGCCCGCGUGGGACGCCUCUGCGUGAACGACGCGGGCGGGCAGAGGAUCCUGGUGAACAAGUGGAGCACCUUCCUGAAGGCGAGACUGGUUUGCUCGGUGCCAGGAGUGAACGGGAUUGACACGUACUUUGAUGAACUCGAGGAUGUGUUUUUGCUGCAGACCAGAGAUCAUAAAAACCCAGUGAUAUUUGGACUCUUUAACACUACCAGUAAUAUAUUUAGGGGGCAUGCGAUCUGUGUCUAUCACAUGUCCAGCAUCCGGGAAGCCUUUAACGGGCCGUACGCCCACAAGGAAGGACCUGAGUACCACUGGUCACUCUACGAAGGAAGAGUCCCUUACCCAAGACCUGGCUCUUGUGCCAGCAAGGUGAACGGAGGGCGGUACGCGAGCACCAAAGACUACCCCGACGACGCCGUCCGCUUUACCAGGGGCCACCCCCUCAUGUACCAGCCCAUAAAACCUGCCCACAAGAAACCCAUACUGGUCAAAACAGACGGGAAAUAUAACCUGAAGCAGAUCGCGGUGGAUCGGGUAGAAGCGGAGGACGGCCAGUACGACGUCUUAUUUAUCGGGACAGACAAUGGAAUUAUACUGAAAGUCAUCACAAUUUACAACCAGGAAACAGAGUCCAUGGAAGAAGUCAUUCUAGAAGAACUUCAGAUAUUCAAGGAUCCAGUUCCUAUUAUUUCUAUGGAGAUUUCCUCAAAGAGACAACAGCUGUACGUGGGAGCUGCUUCGGCCGUGGCUCAAGUCAGAUUCCAUCACUGUGGCAUGUACGGGAGCGCGUGUGCCGACUGCUGCCUGGCUCGGGACCCGUACUGCGCCUGGGACGGCAUAGCCUGCUCCCGGUACUACCCGACGGGCACCCACGCGAAAAGGAGGUUCCGCAGACAGGACGUGCGGCACGGCAACGCGGCUCAGCAGUGCUUUGGACAGCAGUUCGUGGGGGACGCGCUGGGCCGGACAGAAGAGCGCCUCGCCUACGGCGUAGAGAACAACAGCACCUUGCUGGAAUGCACGCCGCGGUCUCCGCAGGUCAAAGUCGUCUGGCUCGUGCAGAGAGGGCGCGAGACAAGGAAGGAGGAGGUGCAGGCGGACGACCGCGUGCUCAAGGUGGACCUGGGCUUGCUCUUCCUGCGGCUGCACAGAUCCGACGUGGGCACCUACUUCUGCCAGACGGUGGAGCACGGCUUCGUGCACGCGAUCCGGAGCAUCAGCCUGGAGGUGGUGGCCGCGGAGCGGGUGCAGGGCAUGGUCGGCAAGGACCCCGGGGAGCGCGGGCCUGCCAGGGCGCCCUGCCCCGCGCACGCCGGCGGCCCGCCGGGAGCCAGGCCCUGGUACAAGGAGUUCCUGCAGCUGAUCGGCUACAGCAACUUCCAGCGAGUGGAGGAGUACUGUGAAAAGGUGUGGUGCGCGGACAAGAGGAGGAAGCGGCUGAAGCUGGCCCCCUCCAAGUGGAAGUUCGCCAGCCCCCAGGAGAAGAGGCCACACUCCAAGUCCGAGCACUACCGCCUGCCCCGGCACACGCCCGGCUCCUAAGCCCACCGGCCCGGCCCUGGCCUGGGCACACUCUGCGAGGAAAGAGAGAAACCAGCCCACUUCUUUGCAUUUCUCCAAAGGGAUUUCGUAGUACAGGAAUGACUGUGAAGGUAUGAAGAUAAAUUAUUCAACACACUCGCGCGAAGGGACAAAUCCCACAUAAGAUUAACCAGCUCUCUUGAACGUGUGCAUUGCUUCAUGGUUUCUAUAUUAUAUUUAUCACAAAGUGACCAUAGCUGUAGUUUUAAGUACUUGGCUGCUUUUCCGUGGCGAUGAUUAUUUUAUCCUUGGAAGAUUUAAGAUUAUUAGAAUAUUGAAGAGAGACUAGAGAAUUUCGUAAUCAUAGAAAAUAUAAAAAUAAAUAUAUUUUAAUCUUUC